AAAAAAAAAUGUGUUGGAAUUACUUCAGCCGAUGACUUACGACUUAAUUGUCAGUGAAUUUGUGUAAAAUUUUAUCUACAAAUUAUUGAAGUAAAUGUGUGAAGUGUUGUUUUUAAACCAACAAAUCCUUCCCUGUUAAUAUUUAUUACAAAGUGUAUAAAUCAUCAUCAUGAAAUGUUGAAUGAGUAACUUGGGAAUUUUAAAAACUCCAUUUUGUUAAGUAAAAUAAGGGAUUACUGUAUUCUUUGUUUCAGAUGAAAAUGACUUCCACUCCGUUCAGCGUUGGCCUGUCUGAUGACACGCGAGUGUCGAGCCGCGUGCUGCGCCCCCCCGGCGGCGGACACACCGACAUCUUCGGCUCCGAGCCCGAGCCUCUGCGCGUCGGACGUCGUCCUGGACCUAACGCUACAGUUCCAGCUCCGCCAAAAGUAGAGGCGGCAGCGGAGCCGGCCGCCGCCGCCAGCGCGCCCAGCCAGAACGGCAACUGCGCGCCGCCCGAGACGCCCGCCGUCACCCCCACGGAGACCCCCGCGCCCGUCGCGCCCGCAGCGCCCACCGCGCCCGUCGCCGAGCCCGCCAAGGCCGACGCCCCCCGACCGGCGGCUGCGAACCCGGAGCCCCCGCGGCGCGUGCGCGUGCCCCCCGGCGGGUUCUCCUCGGGGCUGUGGUAAGUGCGCGCCUCGCGUCUAGAUACAACAUCGCUGGGACCAGGUGUGUACAUUAGUUAGGGUAUUUUCAGUGUUGGAAGCUGCGAGCUGUCGACUUCUCUCUGCUCGAUACUUUGUCCGCUCUACGUCACGAUAGGCACGUUGGUUAUAUUGAAGGAUUCAAGUUAAGUUUGAUGUUUGUCAGGGAAGGGGCGAGGAUGGGGAGCGAUGUUGUAAGCGUUUAUGUUCUCAUUUUGUGUUAGUGUCGCGGAGGAACUCUGAUGUUCGAAGGAUAAGUUUCGCCGGUCCCAGGCCACUUUUCUCAGCGUGAUUUUGCUUUAGCCCAGUAUAGAGUUGGUUAUUUUAUUCCUCGCAAAGGCAAUUCGUUUUAAAUAUUUACUCUCGAUGUCUUUAAGUACUUUUUAUCGCAUACUAUAUAGGUUUUAUUUUAAUACCGAUCGUUGGUCACUGCUUGUGUGGAAUGGCGAAGCGAGCCAAAACUCUAGACUUAUUAGGUUUACUGUCACAUUUUUAAUAAUUAUAAUUAAGGCCAAAAAAAUUGGUAUUCUAUGUGUGAUAUUUGAUGUCGUCUUCGCGUAGUGCAUUUAUCAAAUAUCGUACAAAUUUGACUAAGAUUGAAUAUUGUUAUGAACAAAGAUUUGACGUGUGUUUGACGCAUCGAUAACACUUGAACUGUUUUAGCACUAAAUUGUUAAGUGAAUCCUGCACUUUGUGAGCUUUGUGUCGGCCCGGGGGUGCCUCUGAACUUGGAUGUACUUAAAUGUAAUUGUCGCAAAGUGUUAGCUGUUGUGUUGAUUUGAUAAAUGUUUUUGUAUAACUUGGCCGGCAAAUUACGCGAUGUAUAUUAUUAAUAAUAUUUUUAUAUGAACUACAAUAAAAUACAUUCAAUUU